CGCUUAGUGGUUUUUCAGUUAUUUCAAAGCUACAUUAUAUUAUCAGCAGAGAUGGAGCAUAAUAUGUUACUAAAGGGUAAGUUUUUAAAGAAAAAAUACACUUCAGUGAUAAGAUGUGAUUAAAACAUAAUAGCUUUUAUGUGAGAAAUAGAUAUUUUUGUCAGUUGAUGACUUUGUAAUACAUCAGAAUCAUAACCAGGGAACACAUGCACUUGAGAAGUGAGGCAUGCAGGCCACAUAUUUUCCCCUCAUACAUCAGCAAUAAUAAUAGUAUGGAGAUAGGGGAGGGGAGUAAAAUCUGCACCUCAAAGUCAAGAGGAGAAUGAAAAUGAAGGUCCUUUAGGGUUAUCACUGAGAGAUGCCUUACUUAUUGGAUGUCCCUAUUUAAAUGCAAGAAGACUGAACUCUGCUCUAUAUAACAUGUGUGCCAGCAUAGCUGGCAUAACUUGUGUGUUUUAAAGUUCAUGUCUUCCCUCUGCCUUCCCUUCCUUCGGUCUCACUCUGCUGAGGCUUUUCUAUUUUCGUUUACAAGGUCACAUGACCCUGUCAGCCAAUUGCAGGACAACAGAAGCAAUGGAAACUUCUUUCUGGGAUAAAAAAAAGAAUAAUUCUGGGGCUAAAUAAAGAAGAUACAAACUGAGCCACAGGAAGAAUUGGGGAAAAAGAGAAGAAACAUCCGUUUCAGCUGGAACUGAGAAUGAUCUAAAACCAUGAAGAAAUGGUGGACUGCCAGCUGCUGAUUCCUCUUGGAGCUCCAAAUCAAGAUAUGCUACGUGUUCACUGCCACUGACGCUGACCAUGACCCUUCACACAAAAACCCCCGGUGUUGCCUUAAUGCACCAGAUACAAGGCAAUGAACUAGAGCCUCUCAACAGACCUCAGAUGAAGAUUCCUCUGGAACGACCUAUCAGUGAAAUGUAUGUGGACAGCAGCAAGACUGGGGUUUUUAACUACCCAGAAGGGUCUGUGUAUGAUUUUUCAACGGCUGCUCCGGUGUACAGCUCAACCAGCCUGACUUAUGCCCCAACCACAGAGUCAUUUGGGUCGAACAGCCUGGGAGGAUUUCAUUCUCUGAAUAACGUCCCUCCGAGCCCAGUAGUAUUUUUACAGACGGCACCGCAGCUUUCGCCUUUUAUUCAUCACCAUAAUCAGCAGGUCCCUUAUUACCUUGAGAAUGAACCGAACAGCUUUGCUAUGCGAGAAGCAGCUCCCACUGCCUUCUACAGGCCAGGCUCGGAAAACAGACGUCACAACGGCAGGGAGCGAAUGUCCAGCACCAGUGAGAAGGGAAGUUUGCCCAUGGAAUCCACCAAGGAGACCCGCUACUGUGCCGUGUGUAAUGACUACGCUUCAGGUUACCAUUAUGGUGUUUGGUCUUGUGAGGGUUGCAAAGCCUUCUUCAAAAGAAGUAUUCAAGGUCACAAUGACUACAUGUGUCCUGCUACCAACCAAUGCACUAUUGACAAGAACAGGAGAAAAAGCUGCCAGGCUUGCAGACUGCGGAAAUGCUAUGAAGUUGGAAUGAUGAAAGGUGGAAUUCGGAAAGACCGCAGAGGAGGCCGUAUGCUGAAACACAAACGUCAAAGAGAGGAAAAUGAUAGCAGGAAUGCAGGGGCUUUAACAGAGGCGAGGAGCACGGCUCUCUGGCCAAGUCCCCUGAUGAUCAAACAUAGCAAAAAGAACAGCCCAGCCUUGUCUCUGACUGCAGAUCAGAUGGUCAGUGCUUUGCUGGAGGCAGAGCCACCUGUUGUCUACUCGGAAUAUGACCCUAGCAGACCUUUCAAUGAAGCUUCAGUAAUGACACUGCUAACCAACCUUGCUGACAGAGAACUGGUGCACAUGAUCAACUGGGCAAAAAGAGUUCCAGGAUUUGUGGAUUUAGCACUCCAUGAUCAGGUCCAUCUGCUGGAAUGUGCCUGGUUAGAGAUACUGAUGGUUGGCUUGGUGUGGCGAUCAAUGGAGCAUCCAGGAAAACUGUUGUUUGCCCCUAACUUACUAUUGGACAGGAGCCAUGGGAAAGUUGUUGAGGGUUUUGUGGAAAUAUUUGACAUGUUGCUGGCCACUUCUUCUCGCUUUCGAAUGAUGAAUGUACGGGGAGAAGAAUUUGUGUGCCUUAAAUCCAUCAUCUUACUCAAUUCCGGAAUCUAUACAUAUCUUUCCAGUACCUUAAAAUCAGUGGAGGAAAAGGAUCAUAUCCACCGUGUCCUAGAUAAAAUCACAGACACGUUGAUGCAUUUGAUGGCCAAAUCGGGUCUCUCUCUACAGCAGCAGCAUAGGCGACUGGCUCAGCUUCUUCUCAUUCUUUCCCAUAUCAGGCACAUGAGCAACAAGGGAAUGGAGCACCUUUAUAGCAUGAAGUGCAAGAACGUGGUCCCUCUAUAUGAUCUGUUACUGGAGAUGCUAGAUGCUCACCGCUUGCAUGCCCCUGCAGCAAAAGGCAGCCCUCCAAGUGAAGAUGAUCCUCUAAAUCAGUUGGCCGUCCCAUCCCCUUCAAUGCAUUCCUUGCUACCUUGUUAUGUGAACAAACAGGAAGAGGGAAAUGAGCAGGAAGCAAUUUGAGAGUCUACAUUUCAGUGAGCCCAGAUGUUUCUGAGAACCCCAUCAGAAGACCACCAACUUCAGGCUUACCUGAACUUGUACUAUGUGUAAGCACUCCAGUCCUCACCAAUCGCAAUUGCCAAGCUGAUUGCUUAAAUCCUUAAAGGAAGAACUUUUAAAAAUCAAUUUAAACGCAACAGGGAGGUUGAGAAACAAUCCUUUGUGUUUAUGUUAAACAUAACACAGUCCAAGAAUUGCUGUAUUCUUUGCUGGUAUUGGUUUAAAAAAAUGGGUGACCUUUUGAGGGGGGGGGCACAAAAAUCCCAGCUGGGUUGAAGUACUGAUGUUUACAUGUCAUGUGUAUCAACUUUUUGUACAUUCAAUUAUUUUAUCCCACAUACACUAAAAGUAGUGAUGGUGAAGAGCUCAGAUUUUGUUAUACUUCUAAUUCAUUCAUAUUUCAAGAAAGAGAAACAUGACAAAGGGAUGUAGUUGCCUCUUUUGGGCUUUUGUCUUUCAAUGAUACAUUUAAUAUACAGCAAGAUUAAUUUUGAUAAACUCAUUAGACUGCUUGGACUGUUGACUUCAGUAAGAAAAACAAUUCCUUCAGUUAACUUGUUAUGGGAAGUGAGACUGAGGUAUUAGUUUGCCAUCAUAUUAUGGGUUUCACAUUAUUGUAAAGAGGGACACAUGAAGAAUUCUUAGCUGGACAGCUAAAGACAGAAGCUGAGAUCCUGCAUCAAACAUAUAGUCAUAGUGCCAUGGCUAUGCUUUAUCUCCCCAUCCAACCCCUGAAACCCAUUUUAGAAGUCAGCCAUAUGCAGUGAUGGAGGCCUGUGCUGCUGCCAAGCAGGAUGUCCAAGAGCAAAGCAGGCACCCUUGUAGGGACCUAUGCCAACUCUUUAGCACAACAUCAUUUGCUGAUGGGAGAGGGUUGGCCACAUCAACCUGAAGUAUCCCAGGUGGCAUAGACUUCCAUCACUCCAGAUGGCGGACUGGCUUUAAGUUGGGUUUCUAUGUCAUUUGCAAUUGUGAUAACAAUGGCCCGCUUGCAAAUGUGAAUAUGAAGUAGUUCUGCUGUCCUGAAUCUAACUUACAUCUUACAUGAGUAACAGUAUACCAGCCAGAAUUAAUUAUAUGGAUCUUCUAAGACCAAUAGUUCAAGAUUUCUAGUUCAAAACAACAUCUGCGACAUAGUUGUUUCGGGAGCCACCUUUACAUCAGUUGUCAGUGGCAGUUGUCGGCAAGUGGGAUUUUAAAAUACAGCAAUUGGUUAGCAUUGCUCAUCACUUUUUAUCAGAAAGGAAAUUAAUGCAUUUUGUGAACAGAAAGAUAUGCUGAUAUAAUCCUGUGUAUGUUCAGGAUAUAAUGUGGGGAAAAGGCGCUCCAGUUCACAGAACUUAUAGCCAACAUGGCCACUUGCCAUGGUGAAUGGUAUGUUUUGGGACUUUUUCUCCACCAGGGAACAAUUUUCUCCAGCUGAUGUAAUGGAUAGGCAAAUUCUGACCAUGGAAAAUAUGCUUCAGCUGCUAGCCCCAAAGGAAGGUAUUGCAUUAGAGUAGAACCAAGAAUACAUUCUAUCCUUUCCACUUAUUUCUGCUAUUUUGCAAUCCCAGUGAGCCGUAUGCGAAGGAAGGCAAGCAGCACCUUCAUCCUUCUGGUGACAAAAUAAUUUGUUCUUAAAGAAAAUUCUUGCUUUCUAAAGGGUGUCCUGUUUUCCAGAAGGUCUCCUAAUACAGUCAAUACUACACAGGAGAAGUCAAAUACCAUAUUUACUCGAGUCUAAUGUGCCAUUGAAUCUAAUGCAUGCCUUAAUUUUCAAAAUCCUGAAACCAAAAAAGUUUGCUGACAAAUGUAAUAAAUAGCAGCAAAAAGUGUGCUCUUUGUAAUUUGGCCAAAAGUGUGCAUCACUGUUGCUGCCUGUUUAGAAUUCCUUCAUUGUAAUUAAUUGUGUUAAAACACCAAAGGUUCCAGCAAUGGAAAAAAAACAAAACCUUGGGGUGCCUCUGUGCUGUAGAAUUAAUCCUCUUUGUCUUGGUUCAAUGCUAUGGAAUUCUGAGGGCUGUAGUUUCACAAGGUUUUGAGCCUUCUUUGACAAAGAGUACUAGUACCUCACCAAACUACAAAUCUCAUGAUUACAUAGCAUUCAGCCAUGGUCGUUUAAUUAGAGAUGAUGUCCCUGAAGCAGCUUCUCCUUUUGCUUUGGCUCAGCACUAACAUUACUAGAUGGCAAGAUCACCGAGUCCAAAAAAGGUGAGCAUUAGAUUUUCAAGUAAUUCAGGUGGCCUAGGCUUCACUUAGUUCAUUCAAUGAACCCUCAUAUUUGUACAGAAAUGCAUUUGAGCUCUAUGUUGGGGGGGGGGGGGAGGCUACUGGCAGAAAGGAGGCGUGAGUGAGUAAAGGACAAUUUGUGUUGCACUACAAGAGAGGUCACAUUCUGCCUAUUUUUGGCCAUGCACAUACUGACCCCAACCAAAGUGAUGAGAACAAAACUGGGGCAGAACAGACCUAAAUCUGCAGGUGAUCAUCAUUUGCUGCUUUUGAUAUGUAUUCUGUGUUUCUGUGCCUUGCCCCAAAGCUAGACAAAGCACUACAGCACUAAUGUUGUGAGUAGUUUCAUCUCGUACUGAUUUAACAAUGCUUUCACCAAUGCCUAUAUCUUUUAGCUUCAUUUCUGAUGGCCUUGUUUUUUUAUUGUAAUGAAGUAUUUGUCUUUGUGCAAUCAAAAUGUAAAACUAAAAAAAAAAAAUCUCCUAAGAAACUUUCCCCAAAAGAUUGGGGUCUAUAAAGUGCCUUGUUAAAAAGGAUACUUUAAAUUUUUUUUUGACAUGCUCAUGUUGUAGCUUAUUUCUGUAUUAUUGAUGCACUUGUGUAUUGCACUGCAUGAUGUAUAAGUAAGAAGUCAAAUGUGUGUGUUGGCAGGGCACAAUUCAAAUAAGCAGCACAGUUUUUUUCCAUUUGUAACCUGGACUUCACCAAAGUUGCAAUUCUAUAACACUUUAUUGGAAGUAAACCUCGUUCUAUUAAAUGGUACUUUCUGCUAAAUAUAUAUAGGACUGCAACUAUAAUAAAUUUAAUGCCCUUAUUUUAUUUUAUUUUAUUUUAUUUUAUUUUAUUUUUUGCAAUGGGAUAAUUUUAGCUGUUUUCCCAAUCUACUUGUUCCUUGUUAGCAGAGAGUGCUGAUCUUUGAACUGAAUGUCUUGUUCCACCUUCUUAGUUCAUUUCAGUGGGAAUGGCACUUCCAUUGAAAGCAUCUAGAAUAGUGUUUCUCAACCUGGGGGUUGGGACCCCUGGGGGGGGGGUUGUGAGGGGGUGUCAGAGGGGUCACCAAAGACCAUCAGAAAACACAGUUCUCUGUGGGAAUUUUGGCCCAAUUCUAUCAUUGGUGAAGUUCAGAAUGCUCUUUGAUAUGGUUGGGGGUCACCACAACAAGAGGAACUGUAUUAAGGGGUCGCAGCAUUAGGAAGGUUGAGAACCACUGAUUUAGAAGAUGCCAGGAGCCUUUCCCUCCAUGAAGAUGAACAGGGAUUAAUUUUCAGGCAAAUGACUCUGUGUGUGCAAUGGAAAGUCAUCAUUAUAUUAGAGAGAAUCAUGGAUACAUGUCUUGAUUGGGAUACAGCACAGACAGUCUUUGUAAGCUAUCCAGCUAUCCUUUUAAGAUGUCACUUAUCUCGAUGGAUAGCUGCUUCCUUGGUUCUCCCAAGCAAUAGCCACUGAAAUCAAAAUUAACUGUUAUUAAUUGACAAACAAGUGUUUUUGGUGAAGAUCCACUGAUUGAAUUGUUUGAUUGGAGGAGUAAAAAGGACAAAACAAAACAAAGAUCAGCAUCAAAGAGGGAGAGAAGAUUUUAUGGUUUUUACAUUUUCAAAAUAUAUAUGUGACAGGCCCAGCUUGGGGUCCCAAGAGGAAUAUGUUUUUUAUUGGUUAAAAUUGUAAACUGUACGAAAAAUUUCUAUUUGACAUUGCUUUUUGAAAAGCAUUGUUUUAUCAUUAUUAUUGAAAGCACCUUAAAUAAUGCAGUGUGUUUGUUUGUGUGCAUAUAAUGCACACAUGCAGAGCUCACCUAUCAGACAACUGAAUGUAGCUGUUCUUUUAACCCAUUCAGCCAACUGAAAUACAACAAAAUCACUACAUUUUGUUUAUAUAAUUUCUGCUGUCUUAUCUCAUAUGCAAUCAUUGGUGCCUAAGGCUUUGCGAUUGUUAGAAAUCACUAUUUCAUAUCAAUUUUUAUAUUUUUUACAAUACUCAUAGCAGCACUAUCUUACUAAAAACGAAAAGGAAACUAUUCUUCAAUGAAAUAUGGACAUCUAAGGCAGCUAAUUAUGCUUUUUACCAAAAUUGUAAAAAAUAUUGCUCUGAGAGAUACCUACUAGGGCACAAAGAGGUUUUUUAAAAACAUUUAUACUUAAAUUUGAAAAUGGCAAAAUCUGCCCUAGGGAUAUAGGAAAUGUCGUGCUACAUGCCAAAACUGAAGAGAGCCAAUGAGUUUGCCUAAUUGAAUAUCACUUAAGAGGCUCAACAAGAGAAAACAGAAUGGUAUUUUGUGUGGUUGCUUGUUUCAGUAGUGGCAUUUUCCCUCCUUUCAGUUGGAACUGAUUUUCUCAGAGUAUGACAGGCGUUCUUGUAUUCAGUGGUAUUGUGGGCACUUAUUCCAACCUAGUUUCUUUUGCAUAAAGUUGCCCACCACUGGUCAUGUUCUGUGUAGCAGGGAAAUAAUCCUUUGUAUCCUCAUGCCACCAAGUACCAGUCCGUAACAUAUUCUACUACACAUAAGAUGAAAAUUGAUCCACACCUCUGCCUAUCUCAUGAAGGAAACAAACACUUGUAAAAGACUGGGCCACACAAGGAUAAUGACAUUAUCCACCAGAGCAGAACAGGUCUUGGUUCCAUGAGACAUAAACAACCAAUUUGCUCUUCCAGACUCCGUCUAGCCAUAUUUUUACCAGCACAUUAUUGCAAGAAUGAAUGCAUCUCCACACCAAAGCUUCUUGUGCAGUACUAACACUUUAUAUGCAGUGGCACUCUUCUAUUCUUGGAUAUUGCUGGAAUGAGCUAAGGGAGAAGGAGCAAAAAUCCACAGCUGUGCCAUCCUGCUGUUUUUAUGCAGGAUGACUUUCCUUAAUGUAUAACUAAUCAUACUUUAGUUUUAAAAAAUUUAUAACAAAAAUUGCUCAGGAGUUCUGUGAAGAACAUAAUAAGAGUCAUAGAUAUUGAGCAGAUGCCUGUAGGUGGCUUAUGCUAGUGCAGCCCUCUCUUACAAGAAUAUUCUUGGGCAUUGCACAAGGUGGCAUCUAGCAUCUUCCUGUGCGGUGCUGGACAGCUCCCAGGCCCAGCUCUGGCCUUCUUGCUCAUGAUUGGCCAAGGAGAUGUUUCUGGGCAUUGCCUGGUUGCCUUUGUAGACUCAGAUCAGAAGGAAGCAUCUUCAAGUCAGGACUAGCAGGAUAGUUAAGCUGACAGAGAUCUAAACAUCUCCAGUGGUCUUCCUGGACCAGAGUCAUUGCCCACUUUUCCUCUUAACAGCAGAAUCUGCUCAAAAAUAAUGCUAAUGUACUAUUUUUUCUUGGUGAGGAAGAUCAAUACUUAUUUAAUCUCAUAUCAUUUAAAGAGUCAUCCCUGCAGACAGUAAAGGAAAGAUGGGCAUAUACUGAAAUUGAAAGAGGCCCCAACAGUAGAGAAAAAGCUUCUCUCACUUGUUCUUGUUUUCAGACCUGAACCUGGCCACUCUCAAACUAUCAUAACACUAGGUCCCCAUUCAUACUGCUGCCUCAAUUUUCUCCUCACCUGCAGGCUGCACUGAAAUAGUGAAGGACCCUUUUGCAUAUUGUCAUGGACCCAAUCCUGCUGCCUUACUGAAAACUGACACUUGAUCCAGUUUUCAUCCUGACUCACACUACAUUGAUGGCCCUGAAUGGGGAUGCACCUUCCCAGCCACACAAAAAGUUGAUCCAGCAGUUUAAGGGAACCAGGAGAAAUGUCACAAUGUGCACCUUUCUUCAUGUUGGUUGUGCACAUGGACUCCUGCUUCCGUACAUAGCUUGAUAUUAUAGAAUCUUGGUGCUAGUGUUUGCCAUUCAUGUUGGUGUUAACCUGAGCCUUCAUUUCAUACACUAGUUCUUAACGCUUUUACUUUUUAUGUCAAGCCAGCUUUUAAGCAAGCAACAUUUUGAAGAUGCAAACACUCAAGGUAUUUCCUGCAGAAUCAGUCAAUUGAAUCAAUUGCUUUACAUUGCAAGCCAGCUACUCUGAAAGCGCUUUUUCAAAUAUACGGUGGCUUUGUGAAGUGAGUCUUCAGAACUGAAGUGAGUGCUAAGUUCAACUUGUUCUUAGUGCCAUGUUUUUUUUAAGCUAUCAGGUCUAACAUGGACAGCACCUUUGGAAUUGAAUUGUGAUAUAAUCCUUGGGGUACCAAAAGAAAUAUCCUUUUACAUGAAAAGCCUUUUCUUUAUCAGUGCACUAUAUUGUUUUAAUUCAAAUAUGGAUGUAUUUCUGUCUUGAAUGUUGUUUUGUAUGUGAUCAUUGCCUUUUAAGAGGCACUACAAUUUUGCACUGUCUUAAAGAGAUUUUUGUAGAAAAUCUAACCUUUAUUUUCUUGCAUUCAAAUGUGCCUAAAAUUUAUAUGCUGCCAUGCUGCAACCCUGUCUUUAUUAGGAGCAUUAUCCUGUUCUGCACCUUCAAAAAUGCAGUGUACUCCACAAUCUUGAAGUGCCAAUCAGAUAAUAGCAAAAGGAUGCUAGUCAGAGAAUAAACUCAAGAAGCCACUUUAAGCCACCUUAUUGUACAUAAGAAUAUUUUAAAAAUGAAGCUUUUGUGCACUACAUUUUUCUUUCAUUUCCCUUUACUAUGAGGUUUGUGUGUCAUAAUGUAUUUGUUGAAUUAUUCUGCUCUUUUGCUAAUGCGUAUAAUAGUAUAAUUGAUGUCUCUGUUUCAUUAGGAUAUUGCUUUGUUAAAUGGAAGAAAAGGUAAAAUCCUUUCAUUUUUUUUACCUUUAAAAGAAUGUUACAAACUGCUUCAGAAAAUAAAAUCAACAGAAUAUCUAAUCUAUCAAGAUUUUCUCAGCUUUGUUGUCAAAAUAAAACAAUGAACCACA